AUGUCACAAAAACCGGAUAUUUGUUGCAAAAGUCUUUCAGUCAUAGAAAAACCGCGUGAAGGAAAGAACUCAGAUUCCACUGCGAUUCGCGAGAAUCGCCAGCUCAAUCCCAAGCUGAAUCUCCAGCUGAAUCCCCAGCGGAAUUCCCACUUUUUUUCCCGUAGUGGUCGUGCUUCUUUCUUGGCUGCUUCCCAGUAUCUGAUUCUUGAGACUCACACAAAACUCAGAGCUCCUCAAAUGAACAACGGAAACAACACUACCGUCAAUGAUCCAAGUCUUCAGCGUAUGAUGGACAACACAUCAGCAAUGUACAGUAGCAACCAAUUGGUAUUAGCUCAAAACCUGGACCAGCGCCCUACAAAUACGACGAAAGCAUAUCUUGCAAAGCAAGAAGAAUGGAGACAAUGGUGUCUCAAGAAAGAAUUCGGAGAUGGUGAACUUGUGAAUGAUCAGAAACUAAGCUUUUUCAUGAUGGAUCAUGUCAUGAAUAGAGGACAGCAUUAUAAGGUAGGAAAGCUGUCAAGAAAGGUCCAUUCUAGUAGUAGUAGUAGCCAGCCUUGA